AUGGAGCCGGCUAUGGUUCCGACAGCCAGGGAGCUUAAAGGCGCGGUGUUAAUAGCACUUGACAGUGAUGACAGUGGUACUGUAAGUGCGGACGAACUGUAUACAAUUUUGUUGCCUCAUAUGGAAUCAUUGCGAAAAGAAGAUUUGCAGACUGAAGUGAAAAACGUGGACAAGAACGGAAGUGGCGACCUUGAUCUAUGUGACCUUGAAGGUGUCCUUGAAAUGCUACGGGUAAAUAUUUACCUGCAAGAACCUGAAAAAAAGGUGAAAACUCUUGAUUGA